AUGGAUCGGUAUCCAAUAGAUGCAGAUGAGGAGUCCUCAUUAUCAACGUUCGGUCGACGUUCUUCAUGGUCGGACGCUUCCAUGGAUCAUUUAUCGGAUUUAUUCGAUAGCAACAGCAGUUUCGGGGAUUGGAGUGAAUGCAAUAGCGAUUUCGAAGAAGAUGGACCAAGUUUUCAACAACAACUUUGCGAGCUAUUCAUAACAAUUGGAUUAGAGCAAUCGAAAGGCACAGCCAUUCUGAAGCUAUUACGGCAACAUCCAUGUUUGUCAUAUUUACCUGCUGAUCAUCGUACGCUAGUUAAUACUCCACAGGAAAAGCUUCAAUUAAAAAGAGUGGAACCUGGGGAGUAUUUGCAUUUGGGAGUAGAAAAAAAAAUAGUGGAUUUUCUGGAAGAAUCUUGUAUUUCCCCCAUGCCUGAAUUCUUACAUAUGGAUUUCAAUACCGAUGGUGCAAAUUUAGAUAACAAUGGAUUCAUAGUACUUUGGCCGAUCCAGGUUAGAAUUGUAAAUAUUCCCAACAGUACUCCGAUUAUUGUGGGUAUCUACAAAGGCAACAAGAAACCGGUAGACACACAUUUAUUUAUGGAAGACUUUGUUAAUGAAACCAACGCAAUAUUGACGAAUGGAGGAAUUAUGUAUAACAACCAGAGGAUUAGAGUAGUGUUACGGUGUUUUAUAGCCGAUGCCCCAGCUAGAGCAAUGAUUUUAAAUCAUUUAUAUCACACUGGCCACAAUAGUUGCUCUAAAUGUGAUGAAACGGGAUCACCGAGGACGGAUGAAGAUUACAGAAAUCAAAUUGACGAAGGACAUCAUCAUGGGCCCAGUGCGAUAGAAUCAUUACCAAUUGAUCUGGUGCAACAGGUUACAUUCGAUUACAUGCAUCUUGCAUUAUUAGGUGCGGCCAAGAGACAAACUUGGGCAACGAUAAAAGGUGUACCAGACCUAUCAAAGCAUGUAAAAUUAUCAGCUCUAGACAUACACACGAUUAAUGCAAGACUUCUUAUAAUCUGA